AUGGCGAUCUAUCGGUGCCAUGUUGUAACAAAUCCUUGGAGGCCAAAGCUAAAACGAAGAGGUGCAGUAAUAUGGGUGUCCUUCGUGUGGCUGGCAGCUUUUAUUUUUGUUAUUCCACUCAUUGUUGUUGGUAAAAUAACAAAAGAUGGCAAAUGUAAAGAAUAUUGGCCUUCCCUUGCUCAUCGCCAGGCAUACACCGUCUCACUCCUCACAGCACAGUAUAUUUUACCGCUGCUGAUAAUAGCAAUUUGCUACAUACGAAUAUGGCUUUUUAUGAGAAAUCGACCGGUGUUUCCGAGAAACAGCAAUUUAUUCACUAACAGACGAAUCCUGGGAGUAAAAAAUACAAGAGAGAGUAUGAUAAUACUGAAAACCGUAGCAGUAAUUGUGUUCUUGUUCUCGGUAUUGUUGCUGCCAAAUCAAGUCGCGUGGAUGCUGUUGGAUUUCAGAAAUGUUUCCUAUGAAGAGCUCUGGUUUGUUGCAGAUAUAUUUUCAAGGCUCCAUAGCUGUCUAAACCCAGUCGUUUAUGGAGUGAUGAAUAAACAGUACCGUCGUAAUUACGUCACGUUUUUAACACGCGCCCUGUACUACGGUCACGUGUCACGUGUCGCGCAGGCGCCAACAUAGGAUGAAAGAUACAUAGUUUAUUCACUAUCGCUCAGAAACUAAAAAAUUGAAUUACACGCUUAUUAAAAAAGACGAUAUCAAUAGUAGCAUUAAAAAGAAGUAUCAGUGGUAUAAAGCAAGUUUUUAUGGAAAUAUGUUUGUACAUCUGUUACGGUUAUAAAUAAAAUAUUUCGAUUAAAUAUAAAAUUCUGACAAAAUAAUUUAGGCUUUAAGGGCAUUAAAAGUGAUAAAACUGUUAAGAAAGAUUUCUGUCUUGAACACGGGCUUAAACUUCUGUUUGUUUCUAAAGUUCAAAGUACUUGUGCUACGAACAGGAAGAAGGUCGUGGAGCUUAUUCUCUUCACUCUGAAGAAGUUAUUGAAUAAUUUAUAAAAUAGUUCCUGACGGCGAUCUGAAAUUUAUGUAGGCCUGAUUCAGACAAUGCCUCAUUCUAUGAGCAAAAGGGAAAGACGAUGCGAAUUACUCGCUCUUGUUCUCCUUCAUUCUCGUUGGAAAGGUACGUAGGGAGACAAGACAUGCAUACUCUGUGAUCGGUCAAAUACAAGUGCAGAAAAACUGCUCUAACUCACGGGUACCCAGACCAGAUCGUUUAAGUUAUGUCACAUUAAUGAUUUAUGCCACUGGGGAGUCACGUGUCUCUUACACUCGUCUCACGUCACUGAUGUCACCAAAAAGAGAAAAAGAAGAAACAAGAAUCUAACAGCUGAGUGAUCUCGUCAUAGAGAAAAAUAUGCAUUCACAGGGGCUAUAAUUCAAGGUGACAGAAACACACAAGCCUUUUUAAAAUCCUGGAAAGAAAAUAGCUGGCUAUUUGCAGGAUCAAUUUAUAUCGGAAACAAUAGCAGAAGUAAAAAGACUUUUUACAGAAGAAGUGCAGUUCUAAAGAAGUAGACGUUAAGAUUCAUUUUGUAGACUACAAGCAGUCCGAUCUUUUUGGCGAAGUCCGUCGCGCGAGGAAAAAAAUCUGUGAAAAGAAAAUGAUUUUAGUGCGCCACGGAACUCUAGAAGUGAGGUACGCAGACAUCAAUUAUUUUUUCCACUGAUCAUUUCCCUUUACUUGCGCGUUGGACUUCGGCAAAAGGAGAGACUGCUCGUUGUCUAUUCCUGCUCAAACCUGAUUGAAAACUGUGCACGACUUGUAUAUUAUUUGUAACGAUCACUCGAAGCUCUAAUCUUUGACAUAAGCACCAUCAUGGUAUUAACUUGUUCAUAAUCGGAAAGCAAUGCAAUAUCGUUCUCUAAUCUAUUUAUUAAUGUGCGCUCAUCUGCCUCAGCAAAUUUAGACAAGCAUAUAUAUGAGAACUUAAUUGUCAACCUUCUUGUCUUAUAUCUUAAAUGUACAUAAUGUUUGUUGAGUUAAAUCUGGUUUAAAUAUCAGUUAUUUCUUUAACUUUCCAAAUAAAAUUAACUCAUUGAUUCGUAUAUUUCAGUUACAUCUGUUGAUAAGGGCUAAAUUUUGAAGAUAUUAUUUUCAACCGAAGUAUUAACAAAAAUCUAAAUGAACGCAAAUUGUAACUACAUUACAAUCACUUUAUAUAAAUAUUCCUUAGAGUUCAAUAUUGAAGCCUUGAUUUUCCUGUUUCAUAAUGAAAUGGCGCAUCGGUGCAGGGGAAUGGGAUUUAUAAGAAAUUGUCCUAAGGCCCGGAUAUGGAUUGAUUCUCUAAAAUGGAAAAGCGGGGCUAUACGACUCAAUUAAAUACAAAGGGCUCAUAAGUUCAUAGCAAGGAGUUCUCUGUAUAAACUGAUGAAUGAGUCAUUCAUUUUUCAAUAUCUUUUCAUGAACUAAUCUUACUUCGUUACAAAAGCUAUUACUUUUCGCCUCAGUCUCCCUGCCGACAGGCAUCUAAUUUUUUCUUGGUUGACUUUUUUUAAAACAAUUGUGGAACAAGAGAUUAAGGAAUAACUUAAGAAAAUCGUGUUUCCGACUGUCUGGCCUUUAAACAUUGUCCUUAGCCCGUUGAAACUCAAAUUAGUCUCUUAUAUCUUAGUUUAUUCCAAUCAUUUUACCCGACUCAGCGCUGUAAAGUCGAGUUCAAGUCCUCUCGCGGCCUAUAAAAACUGUUUUUCGUAACAUGAUCGUGUCUUUUCUAUAAUUUUUUUGGUAAAAAAUCAAAGCCUAUUGUAACUUAUUACGUAUGGUGAAUGAGACACCGUUCUUAAAAUAGCUGCGCAGUAUUACUUCGAAUUAAAUUUAGACUGUGAAAUAUGUCACUGGGAGGAUGCUUGUUUCAGGACGACUUCUCUUAGUUCAUGAACUAAGUUUUACUCUUUCCCUUUAGAUUUUUCAGGUGAAAAAACCAUCUUCGAUUCUUCAGGAGCCUCACGGUUUCUUCCAGUGUAUCCGAAAUUCUAGGCGGGUCCUACAGUUGCAGUUCGCCGCAUCAAACAUGGAGAAAGCAAAAGUACCUUGAUACAUCUCCUAAACUGUCUGCUCUGAAAACAGUAGAUGAUCGGAUUAACAGCUGAGUUUAAAGUUACUAGGAGAACGGUUGUCGUGUGAACUAUGUCGCCUGCAGAGUUUAACCCAUAGAAAUCAAGAACAUAGGCAAUGAGAUUGGGAAGCCAACAUACUGCGCAAACAACUGUCACGGUCAAGACCAUUUUCGUGACACGUUUGCGUGACUUGAUGACGGCGCGCUGUGAUUGUUCUACCGGUUGCGAACUUGUGACCCAGAGUUUAAAAACCACUCGGCUGUAAAGAAGGGUCAUAACAGACAACGGUAAAAUUCCGACUACAAUGAGCCAUCCAAGGCUAUAAGCAUUGAAAUACCAACCAGAGGGCCAAUCCUCGAGGCAAAAAUCUAAAUCCUCGUUGUAUUUUUUUAUCACAUAUACUGGAAGAUUCCAGAGGAUUGAAAACAGCCAACAGGUAGGUAUGAUGAAUUUGAGUUUGGCCUUUGUGAUACGUUUUUUCUCGUCGUGUGGGUACAACACCGCAAAAUAUCUUUCAACUGCAACAGCAAUCAGUGAUACCACCGAGACCACGGCCCCGGUCCAUAACAGGUUCCCUCCGGUUAGGAACUUGCAGAGGUAGUCCCGGUGUGCCCCGUCGGGUGUUGGUUGGUACGUGUGAAUUAGGAUAUACCGAGGGAUCAAAAUAUAGCUACCACCAUAUCCGCGCAGGCGAGAUUCACCAACAAAUAAUUCAUGGCGCUUCUCAUUAGCCGGUUUCUCAGGACAACAAGACAGACCAGAGAGUUACUGACGAGGCUGAUUAGCACAAGAAACGAGAAAGCCACACGAAGGCUGAUUUCCGCCGCUUCUGUGUCAGUGAAAAGCGACAUGGCGUUUUUGAAACCAAUACUUUGCUAAGCAAAUCAGAUCUGAAAAUAACAAGGAAACGAAUGGUUAAUAAUGUUUUUGCCUUAGUGUUCAGAAUAAACAUUCUACGCUAAGUAAAUCAUGGGUUCUAUGAAGUUAUGUUUUAUUUGGUCGAUUCAUGGGAUAACUAACAUCAAGAGAGGAUAAGGCUCUCUUGUUAAUAAACAUUUUUCUGCUCUAACGUGUUUCCAAAGGCAUCACCUUAACAAAACCAAGAAGAUUAGCAUGCGGAAAGUUACGCGUAAACUAAAGUUCUGCGCCAUCCGCUGUCUGAGUUGACAAAAAAAAUUUCAACACAUAAACCAGUUAAAAAAAUUGAUGAUUUAUUAUUGUUUACACGAACUUUAGAGCUCCUUUACUCGAGAAUAGGUUUUCUCAUGUUCAGUGAAGUAAUCACUGUGCCGCUUUUUUACUUCAGCAUUUAGUAUUUUUUAAACAAUACUCUUUUGUGUAAUUUAUAUUCGAGUUAGAGAUGCUCUCCACAUCGUCAAACAGUCCUGAAACACGAAAUGUUAAGUUGAGUCCGACCAGUUCCCGCAAAGAAGAGAAGCGUUUGAAUCAGACUGCUGUAACAUGUGUCUUAGCUCUGACGAAAAAGAAAAGCCACCUUUAGAAAAUUUUCACGGUGGUCAAUUUACAUUGGGCUUUUUCUCCGGAAAGUAAAGCGCGGCUGGCGCCAAAAAUUGACCUCAUUUGCACAUGCCUUAGUUUUGGCGGCUGUGUUGUUUUAGACACCAAUAGAUAUUUUUACAUUUUUGAAAAGUAGUAUGCUGAAGCUGUUAACUACAAGGCUUCUCUCAAAGUGGAUCUCAUUAACGUCAAGCUCCUUUAAGCAUCACGCAAGUUUUAUUAUACAAAUACACCAGCUUGCUUUUCUAGAACAAACAAAUUCUGUAGCAAGAAAAUACUUUAAAUUUUGAUCACUCAUUCUUGAUCUGCUUACCUUUUGUAGAAUGUGUAAAAUAUAAAAUGUUCUGGUGUUACAGGGAACUGUUGAACAGAGAUGAUUGCAAAGCGAAACUGAGAAACGCAAAUUGUGAAGAUAAUGUUCGCUUGAGGAAAUUAAAGGGGGGCGUCAAUACAAUUGAUUACUAUGCUUACAGAUGUGAACAAGCUGUCACUUCUUUACAAUAGCGUGCUCAAAUAUUGAUUAAAUGCGGUGGCUAUUAAAACGUCAUGUUAAAUACAGGCUCUUUUAAUUGGUCCAGCAAUGGACUAAAGCUGGGUGUAGCUGCUUUUUUCCAGCUUCUAUAGUUUUUAAGGGGUAGAAAAAAUUAAUAAAAAAAGCUUUCGGUAGUUAACAAUAGAAGAAAAUGAAGCUCAGUCUUAAGUGUGUCUGAAAAUUCUAAGAAAUUUGAUAUAUCACGGGCGACUCAAUAUGGCAGCAUUUUCACCUCAGUAUUUAAAAUCUUCAUAUGCACCAUGAAACUUCCCGUCGUUUCUGCAGUAACUUUUAUCGUGAACUUAAAACUUUUGACAUGAUAAAUAAUUCAAUUGUGUCCCAACACUUAGACGCUGUCAUUUUCUUGAAUGAAAUUAAUACUCGGCAAGCAUUAUCUAUUACCACCGGCUAAAUAGAGCAGGCAAAAGUCACUUAUUUGUAUAACAAAUCUAAUGAUUAAAACAUUAAAAAGGGAUUUGACGCAAACUCUUGAAUAGUAACCAAGAUGAACACUUUCCACAUUACAAAUUAAUAGGACUUUCAAUUGUCUGUACAUCAGCAGCUGCUGCGACAGGCAGACGCAACAACCAUUUAAGUUCGAAACUGAUAUGCACGGCAACCUAAUAAAGGGAUGUUUUAUAAAUGGGCAGUCUGUGUACGUAUUUAUAAUAACAAUCUUCUUCUCGCUGGAGGAUACGUAGUAAAACGACAGCUUUUGUAAGUGGGAAAAGCAAUACAUGUAUUUUUUUCGCGCAGGCCGGUUUAACCAAAUUAAUUUACCCAAGAUAAAACGACUAGUAAUUAAUUUGAAGUUUUUUCGCAAAUAUUCGUUUUAUGUGAAUAUGAUUCACGCGCAACAUUUUUGGCCGACUUCCCUGCGGCAACCAUUGUGAAGAUUUUACCCAAACUAGCAACGAACUGAAAAGGUGAAAAAAAACUUUGGACUCACCAUGUGUUAAAAGCCUGUAUAACGCUGUUCAAACAUUGUGGGUCUGGUUAAUAGCUGAGAUAACAGAAAUAUCCUUGCGUUCUGUAAUCUACAUCUACCAGUUAUCAUAUCUACACUUCCUUAUUCACAGAUUGUAUCAUUAACUGACUUGUUUUGCAACUUAUUUUGUGGGCGUAGAACACAUUGUAGUAAUGGUAUACUCGUAGGUUUGUGAGCGUGGCUGCAGCACUGAAAACGUGACACAUGUACUGUGAAUAAGUUUUGGGCAGAAACGAUCCACAAAACGAACGCAUUGACCACGACUCUUUAAGCCCCGCAAUGGAGAAGAACUUGCAAUGGUGGACCGAGGUUGCAGUUAUCAUAACAGUAUUCAUCAUAGGGCUUGUAGGAAACAUACUUGUUCUUAUCACAGUUCAUCAGAGAAACGCUAGGAAGACAAUUCAUGGAACAUUUGUUAUAAGUCUGGCUAUUGCAGAUUUGGUUUUGCUGUGUUCGGACUCGCCUGUUUCUAUUUUACAACACUUCAGCCUUACGUCUGAAACAUACAACUGCAGAGUACAUCUGACUGUUGUUACAACCGGAUACAAUGCAGGACUUUUCACCAUCACAUCCAUGGCGAUCUAUCGGUGCCAUGUUGUAAAAAAUCCUUGGAGGCCAAAGCUAAAACGAAGAGGUGCAGUAAUAUGGGUGUCUUUCGUGUGGCUGGCAGCUUUUAUUUUUGUUAUUCCACUCAUUGUUGUUGGUAAAAUAACAAAAGAUGGCAAAUGUAAAGAAGAUUGGCCUUCUCUUGCUCAUCGCCAGGCAUACACCGUCUCUCUCCUCACAGCACAGUAUAUUUUACCGCUGCUGAUUACAGCAAUUUGCUACAUACGAAUAUGGCUUUUUAUGAGAAAUCGACCGGUGUUUCCGAGAAACAGCAAUUUAUUCACUAACAGACGGAUCCCAGGAGAAGAAAAUACAAGAGAGAGUGUGAUAAUACUGAAAACCGUGGCAGUAAUUGUGUUCUUGUUUUUGGUGUUGUUGUUGCCUAAUCAAGUCGCGUGGAUGCUGUUGGAUUUCAGAAAUGUUUCCUAUGAAGAACUUUGGUUUGUUGCAGAUAUACUAACAAGACUCCAUAGCUGUCUAAACCCAGUCGUCUAUGGGUGA